AUGUCAGAGGACGCUGGUUUCGUUGUAGCACUGAUGCUGGGUGCUGUCCUAGCAGCAGCAGGGCUUCCUUCGGAGAACAUUGUGUACCCGAGAAUCAUUGAAUCCAGAGAUCUGAAUGGCGAAAGAACCCUCUACAUUCGACCCGGACUCGUGCUGAGCCUCGAAAAGAGCAGAGUGUUCUCGGACAACUUUGUUUUCUCAGAAGACGACGGUGUAAAUCGGCACGAGAUACUCAUGAAUGGCAAGGACCUAGAAAAGAACUUUUAUCGAGACCGAAACCACAGCUCUGUUGUGUUUGUUGAUGAAGAAAAGGGAGCUGUGGAAGUGAGGGGAAUCCUCAACAACAGAUUCUCAAUCGAGCCGAUUGCGUCAGGUCGCCGGUCAGAAGAUGAUCUCGUUGCGCACACAUUAUCACCUCUUGAUGACAUCGAUAAUCAGCUCGAAGACAACUCUGUUCUAGACCAAAGUCUUUGUCCAGCACAGGAUGCUGGCCUGUCCACCAUUGAAGUGUCUGAAAGAAAACUCGAGGACUUACCUGAAGAAUUUCUUGUAGAAGUCAGAAUAUUUGCAGACCCUUCCUUCGGCCCAAAGAAAACAGUGGAUGAUUUCAUUAAGUAUUUUGGCAUUUUAAUGAGUCAGGUGAACCAGAUGUACAAACAACUGACCAAGCCUAAAGUGCAGUUCAUCGUUCUGAGCAUCACGAAACUCACGAACUACACGUUCACUAGUAUGGGCCGCGAUCCUGAACGUGAUCGAUGGCUUAUUGAUGCAUGCGGAACCGUGGAGACCUUCUACGAAUACGCUAAUGCAACAUUGACGGAGGACACGCAGGAUGCUAUUAUCUAUGUCUCGUCCCUACAUAUUGAAGGUAAUAAUAUGGGCGGAUGCUCAAAAUAUUGCCACGUGUGCAAGAAGAACCCCAUCACCGCUCAAACGAUGAAUAUGGGCCGACCAGGAGCGAAACAGCCCAAAAUCAUAGCUCGCGAACUGGGACACUUGCUUGGAAUGACUCAUGAAGGAUAUUGUCCUUGGUAUUCUACCCCGGGGAAGGAAACGCUCCGUUGCAAAGGGAAGGACCACGGAUACGUGUUGGGUCGUGGCAAACCACCGAACUAUUUCUCGUAUUGUCUUCAAGACCAGGCGAAAGGUUGUCUGAUGACAAAGACGAAGCGGUGCUUUGACCAGACAGGGGGCCAGAAAAUCUUCUAA